AUGGCUGACAAUUACAACGAUUAUAGGCGUGAGAUGGUUCUGUUGCAUGUUCCUUUUCAAAGUGAAGAAAAUGAUAUUAUUGCUGAAAACAAGUUCAUUCAAAUAUACGAGGACAACAAAGAUACGAUAUUAGAACGUAGGAAAGAAUUUGAAUCAAAUUUGGACAUAGAGAAAACUUUAGAAAUUUGUAGACAAUUGUGCCGAGAAAACGAUGAAGAACAAGAAGACGAAGAAUUAUUAAGAGCGGUUGAUAUAUUGCAUGUAAGAGAUCCUUAUGACUUAUUGCUACGUGAUCCAAUCUCAACUGCUAAUGUUGAUUUACAAAAUGCAUCUCUGCAUAAACUUGGCACUGUAGCUAAAAAAAGAGAAAAUUUAAUGGAUUAUCAACAAUUCUAUAAUUUAAUGCGGAUGGCCAAUGAUCAACAAAGAGAUAUUCUUAUGACUAUAAUUCAUCAUUUACAAACUUCAAUUCAAGAACCAUUUAAAAUUUUUUUUACGGGACCAGCAGGUACGGGAAAAUCAUUCGCUAUCAAACUGAUUAUGGAAAUUUACAAUAGAUUCACUGAUAAUGACGGUUACUGCAAUGCCUAUAUUACAUGUGCUUCAACCGGCAAAGCUGCCGUGGCUAUUGACGGUACAACUAUUCAUACAGCGCUCAAAAUUUCUCUUUCAAAACUUUUGCCUCUGUCAUCAGAAAUCGUCGAUGCAAUUGUAUAG